AUGAUCGUUAGUUCAUUUGAAAUUUUACCUGACGAUAUUCUUUAUGAAAUUUUUGCUUAUUUGUCUCCAGUUGAUAUUCUUCAAUCAUUGUUUUCAUUGACUAAACGUUUAUCAAGAAUCAUAUCAAAUGAAUAUUUAUGGCACAUUCAUAUUGGUGAUAGAACAAUGUCAUUAUCAAUGUUUAAUGAUCAAUGCGAAAAUAUCUUGAAAUUAAUAGGAGGUCGGAUUGUCUCAUUACGUUUAACAUUAAUCGAUGUCAUUGUUGAUGUGACGUCAUCUAAUCCAUUCAAUUGUCUUCAAGUUGAAGGAGUUUAUCUAGUUAAGGUGUGUUCAAAAAUGCCUCUUCUAAAAAUUUGUCGACUUCCUUUUAAUCAUAAUGAUAGCAAUGCAAAUCAAAUACGAAACAAUUCGUUAGAAUAUCAAAUAAUUUUAUCGAAUUUAUUAAAUAUAAAUCAUCUUCGUACAUUGACUAUUGGUAUACAUACGUCACAUUUUCUUGAGUGUUUAUUAUUAUGUAUACCAUUUAUCGAGAGUCUAUCUUUUGGCAUAGAAGAUCGAGAUAUUAAUAAGAAUGAUACACAUGAUAGAAUCUUACUACCUACUACUAUUGAUGCUCAUCGUCUUCAAUACCUAUCUCGUCUACGUAUAAAUUGUAGGAAUAGCAUAAGUUUUCAUCGAAUUAUUGCACUUUUAUCAUCUGUAUUCGGUCAACUUUGUCAUUUGUCAUUAAAAUUAGAAGCAUUUACAUUAAUUUCCGAUCCAUUAAUUAUAUCAGGUGAUAUUAUUCAACAAUUCUGUAUCGAUCGUCUUCAACCAAUGGCCACUUAUAUUCUUAAUCUAUUAUUCUACAUUAUGGAUGAUUUUGAAGAAAAAAAAAUUUUCAAUACAUUUUUAAAAGUUCCAUUUACUCAUCGACAAAGACCGAGAGUGUUCAUUCAAGAACUUGAUGAUCAUGAUUUCGAUGAUCUAUAUCAUGGUUUUAUGGUGUAUACUUUACCAUAUAAUAAUACAAUUCUUUCAUCAUACAUAUUCUCUACAGAUCUUGAAAAAAGUUCAAUAUCAUCAUUAGUUCCGUGGUCAUUAUUAACAAAUCUUUCUAUCAAUCAUAGUGAUGUUCUUACUCCGGCCACAUUCGAAUCAAUAUUACGGAUGGCUUAUAACGUAGACACACUAGAAUUAUUUGAUGAUAGAGGGAUUUUACUUCGUCCAAUAUUAAAUAAUCAUAAUCUCGUAACUCUUAUCAAUCAACAAAUAAAAUCAUUUGAGAUCUACGAUGUAACAUUGACAUUGCAAAAUGUUCAACGAAUUUGCACAUUAUUGUCGAGUCGAUUUUGUAACUUGAAGAAACUUUUAUUUACUAUUUCUGAUGCAUAUGAUGAAUGGGAAUGGAAACCAUCUUGUAUUAUUGAUGGGAAAAACAAAUCUACAAAACGUAUUGUUAAUCUUAUCUAUCUACUUGUUGAUCAAUUACAAAAACUUGUUUAUCUACGUAUUAGCUUUUGCACUACGAAUUUCUCUGAUACACCUUGUUUUCCACAUUUAAUCCGACAACAACUACAUCAAUAUCCACUUAGUCGACCAUUUCGAUUACGAGUUUCUUCCAAUGCAGUUGAAAUUUGGCUUUAA